CAAAGCCAUUCAACUCCGAUAUAGUGAGUUCUCUGAGACUUCUCCAGUGCUGUGCAUAUCAGCAGGACAGGACACCACCACACUUCUUUUUGCAAGGACUAAACUAGAGUGAACACUCUCCCAACCACUUCAUUUUUACAAAGACUGGACAAGAUAUUCUGUUUUUAGACAGUAAACCUUAUUUUACCAACUGGACAAAACAGGAGGAAUGGUUUUACAAAGCCGAGAGCUUGCUUUUCUGGAAUUGACAGGAGAAGUGGUUUAUGAGGACUGGAGCAAAGACCUGGUUUGUGAGGACCAAGUAAAGAUAGUAAAGUGCUUUACCCCAUAGGAGUAAUACAAGGGCAUUGCCUGGUCUCAAAUCUCUACUUUCCAACAUCCAACUUUUUGAAGCUAGCAGCACCUCUCUCAGAGAAGGAUUGUACUUUUCUCAAACUUGUUAUUUCUGUCUCCCACACAAGUGCUUUGUUGGUGUCGGUGAAACCCCAUCAACACCUUGUGAAUCGGGAGAGAUAAGGUGAGGAGAGCUGUCCGGUGUGCUGCUUCUCUUUUGUCACCCUCGCCGCGGGUGCUGCUGUCCUCUACUCACCUUUCUCCAAGGAUUGUGUGCACGUUUGUGAGUCGGCGUUCUGUGGCACAGGAUGCCCUCGUUAGCCGCGUUGGCCGGGGUGCUGGCGUUGCUUCUGGCCAGGCUUCAGACAGGAUGUGGCUCCCCUACUUUGGCUGGACCUCUGGCAGCGGUGGAUGUGGCCAUGCCAGAGCAGGGGCUGGUGGAGGAGACCCAGGUGACCCACUGUCCGUCCUGUGUGCUGGCCCAGAUGAGGAGGGGUUAUGACCCGGUCCCUCCUGGAUUUGAAUCAGCAUCUGAAUCUGUGUCUUUGGCUUUGGCUCAGACUUCGGGCCAGACGGACAUGGUGGAAGCGGUGAAGCGGCACAUCCUCAACAUGCUCCACCUGAGUGCACGGCCCAACAUCACGCACCCGGUGCCGCGCGCUGCCCUGCUCAACGCCAUCAAGAAAUUACACGUUGGCCGUGUGGGUGAGGACGGCAGGGUGGAAAUCCAGGAGGAGGGACCGGGGGGCGCUGGCGGUGAGUGGGCGGCGCUGCCCGAGCCGCCCUCCGAGAUCAUCACCUUUGCCGAGCCAGGCAACUCUCCAUCUGCCAUGACCUUUGACAUUUCCAAGGAGGGCAGCGAGCUCUCGGUGGUGGAGCAGGCCAACGUGUGGCUCUUCCUGAAGCUGGUCAAGGGGAAAGGGCGAGCCAAGGGAAAAGUGAACAUCCAGCUUCUGCAGCGCCGCCGGCAGAAGCCGAAAGCUCCAGGCUCUGCCUCCACCUCCACCGAGACCCAGGGCGAGGAGGAGGAGUUGGUGUCGGAGAAGAUGGUGGACACACGGCGCAGCGGCUGGCAUACUCUUCCCGUGCCACGCAGCAUCCAGUCCCUGCUGGAUGCCGGUGGCAGAGUCCUGGACCUGCGAGUCUCCUGCCCACUGUGCACCGAGGUGGGUGCCAAACCCGUCUUGGUCCCCACCGAGGACGAGCAACCGGGACAGGAGCGGGAACAGUCCCACCGGCCGUUCCUCAUGGUCGUACUGCGGCCUGGCGAGGAGGAACACGCUCACCGCCGUGCCAAACGAGGCCUGGAGUGCGACGACAAGAUGCACAUGUGCUGCAAGAGGCAGUUCUAUGUCAACUUCAAGGACAUCGGCUGGAACGACUGGAUCAUCGCGCCGCCGGGCUACCACGCCAACUACUGCGAGGGUGACUGCCCCAGCCAUGUAGCCAGCAUCACUGGUUCCUCGCUGUCCUUUCACUCCACUGUCAUCAACCACUACCGCAUGCGGGGCUACCCGCCCUUCCAGAACAUCAAGUCAUGCUGCGUGCCCACGCGACUACGUGCCAUGUCCAUGCUCUACUACAACGAGGAGCAGAAGAUCAUCAAGAAGGACAUCCAGAACAUGAUCGUGGACGAGUGCGGCUGCUCGUAAGAGACAGUACAGAGUAGUAAAGACUCAUCCAUAAUAAGAAGUCACCAUUGGUAUGAUGGACAUAAUAUAACUGGUAUGACGGACAAUACAUUUUUGGGGAGUUCAAUGACUGAUCUGUCUGUUUUGUCUUAUUAUCUGACAGGGUAUCGUUAAAUCGGAAUAGUCUCUGUGGCACUUUCAGAUAAAAAAAGAGAUACAUCAUAUAUUUUUGUUAAAUGGAGACUGAGAGUGGGACUACUUAUCACUGUUUAUGCGCAAUGUGAUUCCUGCUUCUCUGCACUGCAAUGAACAUGGAACAGUUCCCUGAAAAAAAAACUAUGCAACUGAUGAAGUAUUAUGCUGUGUUGUAUUUUUGUUAAUGUUUCUUUAUAUGUGUUUUGUUUCUUAAUUGUAUACAAAGUAGACUUUUUUAUACUUUUUUUCCCAAAUGUGUGUCUGUGUUCCAAAUGUUUGUAUUGUUAUUGUUGAGAGAUACUUGAAAGACAUAGGUUUGACCAGCUACUGGAGCCAAACACUAAUAUAAUUAUUAACAAGGUUUAUUAUUAUAAUUAUUAUUAUUGUCAUUCAUUUCUGAACUACUUUGUCUUUGUACAUAAAAAUAAUGAAUGUUGAAAUUUGCACUAUACCAACAUUCUUGCCAGCUUGAUCACAUUGACGGUAACUGGCAUUUGGGCCUGCAUAAAGAGAUACUGCAGGUAGCCUAGUGGUUAGAGCGUUGGGCCAGUAACUGAAAGGUUGCUGGAUCGAAUUUCUGAGCUGACAAGGUAAAAAUCUGUCGUUCUGCC